AUGGCUGGACGCAAGUUCGAUCUGCCCGACGUUGAUCUUCCCUCCUCCAAACCCCCCGCCGAUCACUCUCUCAACCCUAGAGUGGAAGCUCUGGGAGGAAGUGAUGAGGAUAAGGUUCUUGGAGGUUUACAAUUUGAUUCCAAAGAUCAAAUGGUGAUAGAUAGCAGCAUACCUUUGUCUCCACAGUGGCUUUAUACGAAACCGAGUGAGAGUAAGAUGGAUGUUCGUUCUCCCUCAUCUCUCUCUUUAGGGGCAGCAAAUGAUCCAGGCCAGAAAGAUUCGUGGCGUUUAGAUGGACCAGAGGAUAAAAAGGACUGGAGAAGGAUUGCAAGUGAGAAUGAAACUAGUCGCCGGUGGCGAGAAGAGGAAAGGGAAACCGGCUUACUUGGUGCCAGAAGAGACCGAAGGAAAGUGGCGGACCGUCGUGCUGAUAUCAUUGCCAGAGAACCUACUGAGAAUAGGCCUGUACUACCUUCCUCAGAGCGAAGGCAUGAUGGAGGGAAUCGUACAGCUGCUGGGCAUGAAGCACCACGACGGGACAAUAACAAAUGGUCAUCUAGGUGGGGCCCAGAAGACAAAGAUAAGGAAAUUCGAGUUGAGAAGAAACAAGAUUUGGAGAAAGAUAAAGAGAAAGAUGAUACUCCUCAAAGUGACAAUCAAGCUUCUACAGGGAACAUCCGAAUAGCUGAGCGUGAGGCAUCAGAUUCUCGUGACAAAUGGAGGCCAAGGCACAGGAUGGAGGUUCAUUCUUCGAGCCCCUCUUCCUAUCGUGCGGCACCGGGAUUUGGGCCAGAGCGAGCUCGAGUUGAAGGAUCAAACACUGGGUUUGCUGUUGGUCGAGGAAGGUCUAGUGCAGCAGGGAGGUCUUUGCCUAUAGGAGCUUCUCCUCCUACUGCCUCCUACAAUUCUGAAAGCAUCAUUGGGAAACCUGCCAUUUUGACUGCCUCAUUUUGCUAUCCAAGGGGAAAACUUCUGGACAUAUAUCGUCGACAGAAGCUUGAUCCAUCAUUCAGUUCUAUGCCUGCGGAAAUGGAGGAAUCUUCCCAAACCUCUGAAGUGACCUGUACAGAACCUUUGGCUUUUGUGACCCCUUAUGGGGAAGAGUUGGCUGUUCUUGCUGAUAUAUGGAAGGGAAAGGUCACAAGUAGUGAAGUGGCAUAUAAUUCAUCCAGAACAGGGAGAUCAAACAAGAAUAGUUCAGCUGGACUUGAUGAAUAUUCUUCUGAGGGGAAAUGUGAUAUUCAGAACUGUCUCCUCAUUAAAGAUUCUGCAUUGGGCCAUGAAAACCAUAACAAUGAUGUUCUGCUAUUGUUAGAGCAAGAUAAAGAUGGCAAUCGUCAAGAAGUUGAAGGAAGAGAAGCUGCUGACAGUUUAAUGGCAGAUACCUUGAGAGAUGAAAAUGGGAUUAAUACAGCUUCAAGUUUUGAACUAAAGAACCAUGUGAAUGUUCACCAGCAUAACGAGUUUGUUGAAGAUAGACAACCUAUUCUGCCGGAUGACCCGAAAUCUCUAUUUUCCCUACCUUCUUCCGAGAAGAACUUGGGGAGUAAUGGAGAGCAAUCAAGUAUUCCGCUCGAGGAAUUGUACUUCUGCUAUAUAGAUCCUCAUGGAAACACUCAAGGGCCAUUUCUUGGAGCAGAUAUAAUCAUGUGGUUUGAAGAGGGUUACUUUGGGACAGAUUUACCAGUUCGCUUAGCAGAUGCUGUUGAAGGCACACCUUUCCAGAAUCUAGGUGAAGUUUUACCCCAACUGCAGUACAAAGAACCAUACUCACAAUCUUUCAUGGAGCAGCAACCUUCCGAUAUGGCCAAUGGAAUCUCGGAGGCCAGCUUAUCAACUAUGGAAAAUGAAGGGCAAUCAUUGACAGAGUCUACUCGCACAAGGAUUUCUGAUACUGAUAAUUCGUCAAAGCAGCCGCCUCCUGAUGAGCAAAGCUUUCAUGAUCUCAGUGUGCAAGAUGAAGAAAUUGUGUUUCCUGGUAGACCUGGCAGUGCUGGCAUUCCCCUUUUACCAUCAUCCGGGAGUCUUCGUGUUCCAGUAACAGUUUCGAACAGUCAUCCAUCUCUUGCCAACGAAUUCACGAAUCCUGGGUUACCAAAGCAAAACGAUACAACCACAUUGCAUCCGUUUGGCCUGUUUUGGUCUGAGCUUGAAAGCUCUCAUGCUAGGCCUCCAGCAACAAAUGAUGUGCAGAGAACCGCCUCAUUUGCUGCAUUGAGUGACCCAGCACCCGAGAAAUGGUCAAACUCCUACAGACAAGACUCACUUCCUAGCCCGAAUCUGCUCCAUGACUCCAUUGUUAAUAAUCGCCGACUGCCACAUUUUGAGCAAGAGCAUAAUCAGGUUGAUCUAGCAGAGCAACUUAUCUCCCGACAAAUUCAGCAGCAGCAGAGUAUGCUAUCUCCUCAUGCUCUCUUAAAUGAAUCACUGAUGCAACAUGGACCUACACAGAAUCGUGGUCACCAUCAUCAUCAGCAGUUGAUGGGUCAUUCUAAUCCCGAUGUCGAGCAUCUUUUAGCACUCCAAAUGCAACAGCAGCGUCAACAUCAGCUCCAACAACAGCAACAGCAACAGCAACAGCAGUUGCAGCUUCAACAACAGCAGAAGCAAUUACAGGAGAGACAGAUAUCUCAAGCUCGGCAGGUGAUUCUUGAACAGCUGUUGCAUGGUCAGGUGCCUGAUCCUGUGAGAGCCAACAAUAUUAUGGAACAAGUUAUCCUGGAGCAGCAACUUCUGCAUGAAAUGCAACAACAGAGGGGUCCCCACCAUCCAUCUUCAAGACAUUUUCACCCAUCCAUGCAGCAAGAGCAGCAGAGGGAUUUAUUUGAGUUGUUAUCACGUGCACAGCAUGGGCAAAUCCAGAACUUAGAGCAACAGUUUCUACUCCGCCAGGAACAGAUUCAGGCAAGACAGCUGGCAGAAGAGCAACAGCUCCUCGAAUCCAUGUGGCCAAUCAAUGAAAAUGAACAGUUCCUUAGGAGUCUUGCCACAAAUCAAAGAACUAAUCAUUCUUCAGGGUUAAGUCCAUUAGAUAUUUAUCAGAGACAGCAGCAGAUGCAAGGCCAUGAGGAGCAGCAGUUGAACCAUCACCUUGAUCGAACGCUAUCCUUUCAAGACCGACUUCGACAAGGUCUUUUCGAUACAGGUGCUGGUGGGCCCUUUGAGCGGUCUAUCUCAAUGCCUCCCGGCGGUGCUUCAGGAAUGAAUAUGGAUGCGGUAAUGACAAAUGCAAUGGGUGGUCAUCCUCUGAAUCCGCAUCACCACCCAGGAGUUGCUGACGAGUGGAUGGAAUCUCGAAUCCAGCAGUUGCAGAUCAAUAAGAAACGUGAGGAAGCCGAAGCCAAAAUGGUUGCAGCUGCUGAGGAUCGUGCAAGUUUAUGGAUGUCAGACAACGGAAUGAAUGAGGACAAAUCGAGGCAACUGCUGAUGGAAUUGCUUCAUCAGAAAUCCGGCCAUCAAGAUGCUCUACACAUGAAUGACGCAAGAUCUUUUGACAGAACUUCUGAUCUUAUUUACAAUGCGGGGACCCCUAACCACGAAUCAACCAUGAACAGCUCGUUCCCAAUCGGGUCCUACGGUUCUAAUCCUCGCAAAACAGGGGACUUUGUGACGGGCGAAGACCAGUUCGUAAAUUCUGGAGGAAAGAGGUUUUUGUUGAAUGAGGCUCCUCCCCAAGUGGGGUUUACGGAAAGGAGUAUGAUGAGGGGUUCUUCAUUCUUGGAUGUUCAAGAUGGCAGCAUAGCUGAACAGGCAAGAUUCGGUGGUGGCGCUGGUAUGGAGGCACAUAUUACUGGGCUUAGCAGAAACUCUUCAAUUGGGUUUUAUGACGACAAGGUUGUACAAAAAGGAAGCUUUACUGAUGAGAUGCACAUGAAUCAGUUAAGUGCAGCACAAAAGGGGCAAGAAAAUGUCAUGCUGAGACGUCCACCUUCGUCUCGAUCAUCCUCAUCCCAUGAGGGGGUAUCCGACCUGGUCUCCGAAUCAUCACUCCGUGGGAAAGGCGGCUUAACCACCAUCGAUGGAAUCAACUCGACAAACCAUGGUUCGGAGAAUAUUGUCAAGAAAGACAACAUGAGGUUCCGACGAACUUCAUCAUACGGGGAUGGCGGCGAGGUAUCCGAGCCAUCGUUCAUAGACAUGCUGAAGAGUAAUGCGAAGAAAGGUCCGGAAGUGGCAGCAAUGCAGCAGCAGCAGCAGCAGCCGCAAGGUGUUGGUGGAGGGAGUGUUGUUCCGUCGGAAGGGAUGACGGAGGGAGGAGGGCAAGGAGGGAAAGGUGGGGGGAAGAAGAAAGGGAAGAAAGGGAGGCAAAUAGAUCCGGCACUGCUUGGUUUUAAAGUCACAAGCAACCGUAUCAUGAUGGGUGAAAUCCAACGCCUAGAUGAUUAG